CACUGUCACGGCAGCGCGCCACAGCCAUACCACACAGGGCAAUACCCCGCGAAGGGAAGAAGACCAGCGAGCUGCUGUCCGCUGAUUUCUCCUUCCCCAUCUCACUAUAUCAAACUCACUCCACAAUGCCCGUGAAUCAGAAAUUUCAAGGAGGGAAAGCCUUUGGAUUACUCAAAGCUCAACAAAGGGAGAGAUGCGAGGAAAUAAACAAGGAAUACAUGGAAGACCAGAAAUACCGGGAUGAGGAGGACCUCCCAGAAAAACUAGAUUCCUUUAAAAACAAAUAUGCAGAGUUUGACCUGAAUGACCAAGGAGAGAUCGAUAUGAUGGGGAUGAAGAGGAUGAUGGAGAAGCUGGGCGUUCCGAAGACCCACCUGGAGAUGAAGAAGAUGAUCUCCGAGGUGACCGAAGGCGUCAGCGACAGCAUCAACUACAGAGACUUCGUCAAGAUGAUGCUGGGCAAGCGCUCGGCCGUCCUCAAGCUGGUGAUGAUCUUCGAGGACAAGGCUAAUGGGGCCAGCUGUAAGCCUGACGGGCCUCCACCCAAACGGGACAUAGCCAGCCUGCCAUAGACCCAGGACAUCCAGAGCCUCUAGAAUACAGAAGGGUCAGAGGGACCCGACCUCGACCAUUUCACCAUCCUAGGCCCCUGCACUCAGCCAGGGACUUGUGUACAUAGCCUUAUCAACUCCCCACCUCAGGACGCACACGCGUCCCAGAAGGGGGGAAGGGUUCCUCCUCUGUUCAAAACAUGUGGGAAAAAAGAGGGAGGCGCAUUCUCUUAACUAUAUAUAUUUGCUGUGAAGAUGUUAAGGCAGAUUAGCUUUUUUAUGACCAGUACAUACCUGUAUAUAUUUAUAUUGAUUAUGGCGAUGAGAAAUAAGUAUUUUUAAUUAGUGUGAUCACUUGUAACCCCUGGCGAUAACUGUGUAAUUGAGUCGUUUUGUGAAUAUGAGCAAAUUGUUGUUGUGUUUGCUGGGGAUCAAACUAACAGAGGUGACCGUUUUGUAUGUAUGUGUUAAUGAGAAGAUUGUGUGUCAACAACUCACAUGUUAUGAAGCAAUCUGUGUAUGGAUACUAGUGAAUUUAUCAUUAGGCCUGUUUUAUCAUGAUUUCAAUGUAGCAUUUAACCGUUUUACAGAUGUAAUGAAUUCAGUGUAGUUGUAGUUAGAGGUUUGGGGAAACUGCUUGUUAGCCGUGACCCGUUUUAGGGAAACUAACCCAAAUCCUUUAUCUUAUUUUCCACCCCUCCCUCUCCCCUAUUUCACCCCCCCCACCCCCCCCCCCACCA